CCAGACUAUUAACCUAACGUUAGAUCCUACUUCCAGCAAAGAGACCCUGCUCCUCUGCUCGUGAUGGAGAGAUCAGCCAUGGAGGGCAUCGCCGGGCGGCUGGCAGCCAUUGAUGGCCUCUAUUUUCCCGGCGGCAUACGCAGCCAACAACCCGACGCCUCCCAGCGCAAGGCCGCACUCCUUGAUCUCAUAUCCCGCGACGCGCCCAUCUUCCUCGAGCGCUACGGCACCGUGCUCAACUACAACGAGCUCAGCGCUUUCGACGUGUUGCGUUCAGAAUACGAGGUUGGAUGGUAUGUUGAUCGUCUUCGGCGGAGCUUGGUACCAACGGAGGCGGACUCGCGGGCGAAGUCGGCGACUGUCAGAAACCGCCGGCGGGCAUACAUGGAACGAUUAAUUCGCGGGGGAGAGUAUUUUUCUGAGGAUUCGAUGAGAGAGAGGGAGCCCUACCUCCAUCACGAAUAUGUAGGUAGGUUCCAGGAUCCGGUUGUGAGGGUCUUGUCACGGCCGGGGGAGAAGUGGUCCGAGACGCUUAUGCGCCGGUGCGAGGAAGCGAUGCUUGUGAAGAAGAUCAGAGAUGAGCAGCAGAGGUUGGGGGUGGCGAGGAAGGAUUGGGUUGGAGGUGCUGAUGCUGGGGAGGAGGCGAGCGAAGAUGAUGAUGCCAGUGAGGAGGAAAGGAAUGAGAUGGAAUUACCUUCCAGCUCAUCGAAGGCUCGAGAAGAUGACACAAAUGCUAAUGGUGAAGAGCUAGCCGAACUCCCCAAUAAUGCUUUAUCUACAGAGGAGAUGCAGGAACAAAUGGACCAGUUCACAUACAUAAUGCAUCAAAAGUUUCUUGCAGGGGAGGAUACUGAACAUUUGGAUUAUUCUGCUAUUGAUAAUGAUGAGGGGCUCGAUGAUCAUUGGAUUAAGGAAGCCAACCAUGAUGCAGAAGAGAAGUACUUUGACGAGGAUUGACCUGGACUUUUUUCUAAUAUAUUUAGCUUGCAUGGAUAGAGGCUUGAUGAUAUUCAACCGUUUAACUGGCUAAGGCUGCAGUCCAUGCUUUCCUAUUGUACAUUUAUCAGGUUUAAUCUUAUUUUCAUCAUAACUUUCUUCUUUAAAAAUGUGCUUUGGUAAGUUGUAGUUGGCACACAUUUUGUCUUUUUUU